UUUCUCCAUCUUCGCUGAACGCGCCCAUGGACGUAAUCAGUUCAUUAGAAUGACACCCGUUUCGUGGUGGUGAUGUUUUCUUUUAUUUAAUCAAUUGUCAUUCUCGAUGUAAAUGAUGUAGUCGUCUCGCAUGCGAGUUUGUUGUACAGUUUGAUUACCUCGCGAUUUGUAUCAUUUUAUACAUAGUACUUAUUAAGUAGCUGUGAUAACUUAGUCGUAAGGAAUACCAUCGUUUUGCUACGUUCUCGAUUGUCCGACUGACAAACUUUUUUUUCGAAAGCUUUCGAAAGUGAAAUUAUGGCUGCGUCGCAGGACAAUUCGUAUUAAUUCGCAUUAAAAAACUGAUAAUUUGCGAAAAAACUUGCAACACUUCUCUACAAUGUCGUACGAAUUGUACUUGACAUCUUGAUCGGUUAAAAAGAUUAAUGGUAGCUGCCGGAGCGACAGUUUUGAUGGCAGCUAGCGAGGAGACGUCAAAUGAGACAGGAAGUGGCACAGCACGCUCGAUAAACCAAAGUGCUUGUUCACAUUACAGCGAGAUACAACGUUGUGGCCAAAGGAACGUUGAACCGUCGAUUAAAGGAGAUGGGGCUACUUGUUCUUUAAAUAUUAUAGAAAAGAAGCAACAUAGCCUUACAACAGAAAGGAAUGGUAAAGUAACAUCCAAGAUAGAGCCAAAAGAGAGUUCUAAGAAUUUUGUAACAUGUAAAACUGCUCAGAUUCGUGAGACCAGAACUUCUAGAUUACGUGCUGCUUCUAUUGCAUUACCUAAUGCAGAUGUAACGUUGUCAUCUAAAAAGUUACUUGGAUUAGAAAGUCCUGACUCUCAGCGGCACAAUUUAUCAGCUAAGCAAAAAAAUUCCACAUCUCUCGAUGUUACUAUGAAUUCUGUCAAGGAAAGAGAGAGAGAUAAGAGCUACAAACGUAAAUCUUAUUUAAAUAGAUCACAUCACGUGGAAACGGUGCCUGUUGAUCAUUCAAAUGAAGUCGAAUCUAGUGAGAGACAUUCCAGAAGGCAAUAUGUCAAACGAAGUCAGAUAUCCGAAACGGUAUCGAGUUCUGCUGAUUCCUGUCGUCAAAUGGCCAUUCUGCGCAAAAAACAUAUUGAUUCGAAAGCUGGAACUCAGUAUAUCAUAAAAAAUCCUUCUAAAACUUCGUCAUCAUCUCCCGCUACGAAUGCAAAGCGCUCGAUUGUGCAGCAGCUUAGUGGUAUAGGCGAUUCGGAAGUUUCACGCAGAGUGGAUGAGUUAACGGCGUUAACGCGAGCCACUAUGGAACGCGUGGAGAGACUCGCGUCCGCAACCACGAGCUCUGCUAAUCACUCGAUCGAGAACGCGUCCAUGUCGCCAAAAAAGUCUAUUGCACCUAGGCACACGCCAGUUUCAAUUCUCAAGCAUAAAACUAUCGACGGCGAAGGGAGCGAUCGCCAAGCAUCGUCCGCCGGUUCUCACGCGCCAUCACCGGUAACCUUUUCGCCAUCCGUCACAGAACCUGUUUCUCGCAAGAGGCAUGGUAUUUUGAAGAAACGAAGCAGCUUAGAUGAAAGCGAAAUAUUACGUCGUCGUAGCUGUUCUCCCGAUGUUUCCUUCGCUGACAACAUUUAUUUGGAAUUUCGACCAAUCUUGAAAAAUCAAAGGCGAUCUUCUCUCGAUGAAAUCGUCAAGAGAGAUCAGAGUCCUGAUCAACAACCUGCCUCCAUAUUGAAACGUAAAUCGUCUAGAGAAGAUGACAGAGAUAUUCGUCGAUUAUCGUUGGGAUCUCCGGAACCGCAAAGCAUUUUGAAACGAAAACUCGCCAACAGCGUACGCGCCAAUAGUGCCAAUCAUCACGUAACAAUUGCAUCGGACGUUGCGAAUACGAAUGUGAUGAGUGGUAAUACGAUUGCGAGCACGAACGCGAGUCUUGCGUCUGAAAGUCUCGAGGGGUCUGAAGUGAGACCGAUAUUAAAAAAAAAAUACGGCAAGGAGGAAUUCACCGGGAGCGACGUUUCGUCUCUCGAGCCUCGGCCUAUACUUAAAAAAAAAUCGAGUACCGAGUCGGAUGAACACGAGCACGAUAGACCGAAGAAGACAAUCUUAAAAUCCUCGCGGAAGAAUUCGUACGAGGAGGGCAGUUACGAGAUGGAAUCGACUUCUCCAAGAAAACUGUCCGUGUUGAAGAAUCGAGCGAGCGAGAUUGAAAAUGUACGACCUAUAUUGAAACAAUCUAGCGGUAGCCGUUAUUACUGCGACGAUACGUGUGAUUUAACGACCGACUCAUUUUUGCGAAAAAGAGCGCAGUCCGUAGGUCAUGUGCGAUCUACUAAUGGCGAUAAUUGUGUCGAGUCGAUUCGUACGUUAGCCAAACGAAGAUCUCUCGAGUCCAGUUCGCCGAUCGAUGUCUUGUAUACACCGGCGAUUACACGUCGCUCUUUUACGGCCGAUCGAACCAGUGAAAUGUCCUACGCAACUAAUAGCUCUGGUGUAAUUAAAGAAAAUAAGCUAUCGUGCGAGGGAUCCAGUAAACAAGUUAGUACGAGCAGUAUGGAGGAAAAGAAUAAGACAGAUUCGCAUAUACAUUUCAUGAAAAUCGACGACGAUACGGAUAAUUGCAACGCGAUACAAGUUCUUACUCGGACGAUUGACAGAAAACAAGUGGGAAAAGUGGAGGAACAGCAGAAUGAAGAGGGUGUUUACGAGGAUUACACCGCCGUUUGUCGUAGCAACAGUGUUUCAAAAAUGACACAACAUUUUAAGGUUCUGCAAGAGAAGGCUAAUUCCACGACUACGGAAAAUGGUUCUCAGCGCGUAUCUUCGCAGAGAUUAUCGCGCGGUAUUCGACGUUAUCGCGAACGCAAGGUACAGGGCGGCGAGAGAUUCAAUACUCAACCGGUAACUUUCGAAGAAGUGCGCGAGGCGGUCUUACAAAAUCAGCGCAAUGCCGCAACGUUAAGUGACCCGGGAACGAGCGAUAACGAGCCUGAGCCCUCCAAGCUAAGCUUGGCCGAACGCGUGCAAUUUUUCAAUCAAAAGAUCGCGACUACGGAAAUCGCUAUGAGAAACGCCGCGCUUGAGGAAAAGUUUACUCAAAGAAGACGACAGUCUACUCGCUACAAAACACAACCUGUAACAUCUGAGGAGGUUAAAGUGGCGUCCCGAAUCUCACCACUCAACAUAAAUCACCAAAUUCAAACCUUGGUUGAAGAACAGUUAAAAGAAUGCCAAAGAUCGCUUCAUUCGCCACCGCUUGCAACAGCCUCUCAACAUGAUGUACCAAAAAGUAUUCUCAAGUCCACCGGUUAUACACAAAGUCUGUCGCGUGCCAAAAGUCCGGAACUCCGAGGUAUGAAAUUGAUCAAAUCUGUGCUUAAGAAAGAAUCCGAGGAAUCGGAGCAACCAAUAAUAUUACCGAAUAUUGAGGCAUAUCCGCGUUCUAUUUUAAAAAGUAAUUCUUACUCGAGACCCAUUCAGACAACGAGCGUCGUCGCAGUUGUUGACGCAUCGACGAUAUCGAGAAACGAACAAGGCUCGUGUAGCAUCGAGAGUCUAAAUUUAAACAGCGAAACUGCUAAAUUCUGCGAGAAAUUAGAUUGUUUCAAUGUAGCGACUAUUCCUAAUAGCCAUUUGCGAAUAGCCAUUUCUAAGCAAGGUGAUGAUAUGGCGAUAAACGAAGCCGCAGUGCCUUCCCAUAAAGCUGCAUUAUUUCAAAAGGAAGACAUUUUUUCGACUGACGUGGAUAACUGCAAAAUUGAUACAGUAUCGAGUAGUGUGUUGGAAAGACACAGCAACGAAAGGCACGACAAUUCGUUAGCGGACAAGUUGGGUGUUAACGACAAUAACGAUGACAAUAACGAUGACAAAAAUGACAACGAGGACAACGAAAAGGAUGUUGGCAAGGAAAAAGAGAGGAGGUUGGCGGUAAAAAUGGAGCGGAACGACUACGAUGACGAUGGUUGUAAGAUACAUAAAAUUAUUGUCAAUGAAAAGCAGAUUGGUGGCGCACGAUCCGCAUGUUUCGUUAUUAAUAAUUCCUUGUCCAAGAGUAUCAGUCAACAUUCUCUAGGUGAUGAGAGAAAAUCAGCGCAACAACGUGGUAUACCACUACCGGGAUUGUGUCGCAGCGCGACGCAAGUGAUAGCGUCGAUAGAGACGAGCGAAAUUCCGAGCGUGAGUAUUGCCGAUCGAUUGGCCGCGCUACGUCACAACGGUAGCACUAAUUGGAAACGACGCGUGGCCGGUGCCAGAGCCGUUGACGAAUCGUGCGAUGACUCUCUCAGUUUGGAGGAGAGUACGAUCAAAUCGGGCGUGUUGGCCAACUGCAUCGAGAAGCUCGAAUCUGCUGUGGAAAAUUGGAAGAGUAAAGUCGUAGCAGCUGAUGCAGUCAACUUCACUGUUGCUGGCAAAAUGAAAGUAGCUCCAUCGAAAGAUGCCAAUUCGCCUUUUCUCACGGAAGCCACGGCGAACAUUUCAAAUCAAAAGAAGAAAGUUCCGCGUCCACAAUGGUUUAAAAUGAGAAAUGAUAAAGAAUGUAACAAUGGUGCGGUAUCGACGCCUACUAGUCCAUGCAAAGAAUCAUCUUCUGCCACAUGUACAAGUUUUUCUGAACCUGUUAGCGAUGAUAGCGGUGAAGAAUGUAAAACGGAGCAUGUCUUGUCGCCGAGUGUUUCAGUGCCUAAAACGGACGAUGAGACAUUCACCUCUUUCUUUAGCGGUGUAUCAUUGGAAAAGUGCGAAACCGAGUGUCUUGACUUGGAUGAAAGUGACUUUGAUAUAAUCACACCACAAUCUGAAUUAUUAAUACAAAAGCGGAAUAUACGAAUGCAACGUCGACGAGCUACUUCGAGAAAUCCUCUUAAAGUUCUCGCAGCACGCACUGAUUUGAGAUCAGAAUAUACCGAAAUUCGUACGAAUGUCAUGAAAACAACGGAGAAUUUAAAUAUUAGAAAACUUGCCGAAAGCUCAUCUUUUGCCAUCGAGGCUCUCGCUGGGUUGGCUUCUACCGAAGAUUUUAGUACGGUGACUCUGAGAAAUGUGUCGGAAACAAGCGUGUCCACGAAUAAGUUGCAACCAUACAAAGAUAUAAUGUUGAUAUUGAUUAAAGGAAGACGACACGUUCAAGUUAGAUUGGUUGAACCUGUCGUUGAAAGUAUCAAUAAUGGUGAUAGUUAUAUACUAGUGACAAAAUCAGAGGUUUUUAAUUACAUAGGAAAAUAUAGCAAUAUUAUCGAAAAGACUCGUGCUGCUGAGAUCGCAUUAAGUAUUCAACAACAAAAGGAUCUAGGCUGUCAAGCGAUCGAAGUAAUCACUAUAAACGACGAUAAAAUGAUGUGCUCGAGGAAUCAAGUUAACAAAUUUUGGAAUUAUCUUGGUGUAAUUGACAGCGAAAGGUUAAACGUUGUCGAGGCUGGCCAUCCUGACGAAGAUGAAUUGUACGAAUCUGCUAUUAUCGAUACAAAUAUGGUAUACGAAUUGAAAGAUGGACAAUUGGUGUCGCACGAAAAAUUCUGGGGUACACUUCCAAAGAUAGAAAUGCUUCAUAAAAAUAAGAUUUUGGUGUUCGAUUUUGGUACUGAGAUGUACAUUUGGAGCGGCAAAGGAAUUUCAGCGGAUAAGAAGAAACUUGCCACACAGCUGGCUACGGAAAUGUGGAACAAUGGAUACGAUUAUAGAGAAUGUACCGCUUGUCCGAUUAGCGCGGGCCGUAUGAUAGGUAAUCGGAAUAGUGAUUCGCGCACUAACCCACCUACAAAAUUUGCCAAAAGUAGACCCGAAUGGUGUUUACUAGCUAAGCUGACGCAACAUGUUGAAACGAUACUAUUCCGGGAGAAAUUUCUCGAUUGGCCUAAUGUAACCGGUGUGGUAAAGACGAGAGGUCGAAAUGAUAAUGCGCAACAAAUCGAUGGUGUCAUAACUGUGCAUCUGGAUGAAAACGACGAUAUGUGGCUACCAAAUUCUACUUCAGUCGAUUUUAUUCUAGAAGGCUGUCAUUUGGGCAGAGGCACUGGCUGCUAUGACAAUGAUUUGAAGAAAGAAUAUGUCGUUGCUACAACGAGCGUUAUGGUGUGGCAUAUCGAUGAAUUUUCGCAUACGCUUCUAAAUGGAUCAUCUAUUGGUCAAUUUUAUUCUGGUGAUAGUUACAUUGUUCAGUGGACAUAUUCCGUUACAAUUACUGGUAGAGAACUUGGUGGUUUGCCGUCUAAGCACUUGGCUAAAGGUCGCGAUAGAUCUGUAUACUUUAUUUGGCAAGGUCGAAAUGCAUCCUUGAAUGAACGAGGUGCUGCAGCAUUAUUGACGGUCGAAUUAGAUAGCGAUCGAGGUCCUCAGGUUCACGUUGUUCAAGGACACGAACCAGCUGCAUUUUUAAAUUUAUUUUCUGGAAAGAUGGUGGUACACAGUGGUAAAAAAUCCGAGAAAAAAUGUGAGAAACGAUGGAGAUUGUACAUUUGUCGAGGAACUUUAGAGAUGGAGACAUUUUUGAUUGAAAUCCCUUGUAGUACUCGACAAUUGAGAAGUAGAGGUUCCUUCGUAUUACUAGACACCGAAAAUGCAAAACUAUAUGUCUGGCAUGGAAACAAUUCGUUACGUCAUAUUAGAGAAAAUGCAAUAAAUGCUGCAAAUAACUUGAAAGAAAAUCGACCUGAAGAAGCUGGGUUAUCAAAUAAAAAUGACAUACAGAUAUGUGAAAUACAAGAGAAUUUGGAAUUUGAGGAAUUUAGUAAUGCAUUAGGUGGCAUGAAUAAAAAAUUGUAUUGGUCAUUAGAAACAGCUGACAUAAAAGGUCAUACUCCAAAGCUUUAUCAUUUAUACAGUGUUGCUAAAAAAUUUCGCGCAACAGAAAUACUUUGUCCACAUCGUGCAAAUCUCACAACACCAUUUCCUUUCUCACAAGAUGAUUUAUAUCAAGCGAAUCAACCAGCCUUAUUUCUAUUGGAUGACGAAAACAUGAUUUGGAUUUGGCAAGGAUGGUGGCCUGAUAGUGGAACGGAAGAUCAGUCUGGAAGUAAAACUAUUCGAUGGCAAGCUGAGAGGAGAGCGGCAAUGACAAUAGCGAUACGAUAUUGGCGAAAGACUCGAAACACACAAACAACGAAUCUUCCAAUAUACUUAAUAUGGGCUGGUUUAGAACCAUUGCAAUUUAUAAAUCUUUUCCCAGAAUGGACGUAUCGGGAUGAUGUUGCUGAAUUAAAUAUAGAGGAUGGCAGGAAUCCAGGACAAGUAUUAACAGUGGAAAAUGAAUUGGCUCGUUUAACGCAAAGCACAUAUCCUCCUGCUCAGCUGUUACAAAGACCUUUACCUGAUGGAGUCGAUCCAACAUGCCUCGAGUUGUAUUUAUCCCAACAACACUUUCAAGAGCUGCUGGGAAUGAGCAAAGAGGAAUUUCAACAGCUUCCAGUCUGGAAGCAAGUAAAUCUUAAGAAAGAUAUAGGAUUGUUCUGAUGGAUUGUCUUGGCUGCGAUUAGCUGCCCUUGUAAAAUGUUCGAAUUUUUGUUAAUUGUUUCACAAUAUUUACAAUUUGAGAAUAAGAAAAAUAUCUCAAUUUCUAGACGUAUUUUUCUCGAAACUUUUCGCGUAUCGAGAAUGAAACAUUUCGAGAAAUUUUUGGGAAUUGGCGAAUAUAUUAUCGAUGAGAUAUUAUAUAACAACACCGGGCGACGUGGUUUAAAUAAAAUUUAUCAUUUCGCAUGUAUUUUUGUGCGCUGAACACAAUUCGGCAUGCAAAUUACUCCACCAUGUCAGGUUUUUGAGAAAAGUGAGGUUAAAGGUGUAAAAAGAAAAAAAACGACGUUUUUUGAGAUAUUCGUGAUUUUUUGCUAGCAAAGUAAAUUUUUUUUCUAUUAUCGCUUACGCCAUUUUAAAGUGUCAAUUUUUACCUUUAAAAUAGAUUUUUUUAAACGUCAUUUAUUUUUCUUUUAUCGACUUGAUCUUUGUACGUGUAGACACGCUACGACCAACAUUUCACUAGCCGACGUGUUUCCGUUGCUUGAAUAAGAGUUACCAUUUCCCUGUAUUUUUUGCGCGUUGAAUCUGGUAAGCAAAUUGCUCUAUCACGUCAGAUUUUUUUUUAGAAAAGAGAGGUUAAAAGUGUAAAAAAAAAGUGAUCAUUUUUAUCUGUUUAUUUUAACCUUGAAAAAUUUUGCGAACAAAAAAAUCAUGAAUAUGUCAAAAAAUGUUGUUUUUGACACCUUUAACCUCACUUUUGUCAAAAACCUAACGCGAUGGACCAAUUUGCUUGCCAGAUUCGUGUUCAGCGCGCAAAAAUACACAGAAAAUGAUAAAUUUUAUUCAAACAACAGAAAAGAAGUUUAACAAUGGCGCCCUGUGUAAUUAAUGGAAGAUUAAAAAGAAUCAAUAGGGCGAGUUGAAGUUGGCAAAGCUGCUAGCCCUGCUCGCCGAACGAUUGUAUAUAAAUUGGUUGGAUCUACAGAUAAGAACUAAUCAUGUUAAAUUGCUCGGCGAACACGCCUAGUCGUUUUGUUAUUGGGUGGCUUGAACUCACCCAUGUGAUCCAAAAUAUAUUAUCAGUGCUAUUUGAAUUGUAACGUAUAUGUAUAAUGAUAUACAAUAGGCAUAUAAACACAGAUUAUAUAUUUUUAAUACGUGCUAAAUGCGAAAUCUGCUUGAAAACAUUUUCUUUAUAAUAUAUUUGUAUGACGUUUAUAUAUUGCGAAUGAAUGGUUGCUGUUUUUGCCUUAUUCGUGUAAUAUCUGUAUAAGACGGUUUCUAUAAUUUACAAUAUAUUCUGCAUUUUUAAAUAGUA